AUGUCAGACGCCGCUGUGAAGCCCAACGCCUGGACCGAUGAGGCAAAGAACGAGCUUCUUCUGCGUAUCAUCGCCCAGUUGAAGCCUGAGGGCAAGUCCAUCAAUUGGUCCGAGAUCAACAUGGAAGGACGCACCGUCAAAAGUCUGCAGAAUCAGUGGACGUUCUUCAAUAAGAAGAUCGAAGCCUUCAAGGCGCAGUCGAACGACGGAAGCUCUCCGUCUACUCCAGCCAAAAAGGCGACUCCUGGGCGCAAGCGGGGACCGAAGGCCAAGAAGGGCGGUGAUUCUGAUGAAGACAAUGUCUACGAGACACCCAAAGUGACCCCUCGCAAGCGUCGCGCUCCUAAGACCCCUGAGAGUGAGUCCAAGGCUGUCAAGAAGGAGCUCAGCGACGCAGUUGUCAAGGACGAGGACAUGGAGGAGGACGACAGUGUCACUGGAGAGAUCUAG